AUGUCUGCAGUGGCAAGUAUGUGGAGUAGUGAGAUGAACAAGCGGACCCGAAAGGAUCAAAUCCUUGCCUCUAAUGCCUCGGGCUCAACUGAUGCUGGGUCUAGCCAGGAGGUGCAAGCAAAAGGAGGGAUCAACUCAACUGUCUUAGCUCCGAUUUUUGGCCGAGUCGAGGGUGCCAACUCGCUUUUGACUGGCUAUUCUGAGGCUUCAAUUUCCAUGCUUGUUGAUUGGUUUAGCGCUUGA